AUGCCGAUCGUUCACAUCGUCCUGUUCGAGUUCCUGCCAACAGCCUCAACCGCCGAGGUUCAAGAUGUCUGCACCAGGAUGCUGGCAUUGAAAGACAACUGCCUUCACCCGCAAAGCAACCACAAAUACGUCAAGUCAUAUGGCGGCGGCAAGGACACAAGUCCAGAGGGACAUCAAGGAGGCUUCACCCAUGGCUUCGUGAGCGAGUUCGAAAGUGUGGAAGAUCGAGACUACUAUCUGAAUCGAGAUCCAGCACACUUGGAAUUCGUUGCAAGUCUGAAGAAUGUUGUCAAGGGAGUUCGCGUGCUCGACUUUGAGCCUGGCAAAUUCUAG